GAACAGAAACUUAUGGCAGAGAAUUAUUACUAUGUCGAAAAUGUGGCACUGAUGUGGCUGAUUCUCAUUAUUUAUUCAAUAAGCUUAGCUCAGGAGCACAUAAAGUGGAAAAGCAAAAGUCAAGGAGCAGAUUCUUGGUUUCCCGGCUAUUCUUGGAGAAUUUGUGUUUGUCCACAUUGUGGCCAUCACUUAGGCUGGACUUUUUCACAUACUGACUCCAAUAAUAUUGAAAGUGAUGAAGUAGAUACAUUUCAUGGAUUAAUUUUAAGUAGUAUACUUGGUGAAAAUUUUACAGACUCACUCAUCAUGAUGCCAAAGAUGUAUAAAAUGUAAUUAAAAAUCAAAGGCACAAGCUCUACGUUUCUACCUUCCAAAUUUCCUGUAAAAUAUGUAAAUAAAUAAAAAUAUUUAUAAGUUGAAA